CGUGAUCUUCUAUACAUCAAUGAUUUCAUGCUUUUUUCAACCUUUAUUACCUAAUUCAUAAUAUAAACUUUUUGGAAAUUUCAGUUCAUAUAAAGAGAAAAAAAAGAUACUACUAUUACUUUUACUUUCCAUUAUUAAAUAAACUAUAGACAAUUAAGGUAAUUAAAAAGCUGCAUUAUUAAACUCUAUCCUAAUCCGUGUAUUUAGCCGUUAAGAGGUUCCGCCACUGGCUCCCUCCAACAGCUGAAAUACCGAAACUACCCUUAUUGAGUCCGGUGAGAUUCACGCGCCACCAGGCUCGUUUUAUUUACUCGCAACGCUCCAAACUGUAGCCCAAAAAAACCUCUCUCUAUCUGACUUCUCUCUCUCUCUCUCCUUUAGAUCUGUAACCGUUUGUGAUUCUCCGGCGACGACGGCGAUACUUGCAUGAGCGACGGUGAUGGCUUCAGCUUGCGUUAACAACAAUGUCACUGUCUCUCAGGAUUUCUCCGCUUACGGUUGUUUCAACCCUCGAGCUUCUCCUUCCUCUUCCUCCUUCGGCCGCGAAGACGUUUCCGCCGCACCGGAGAAGCAGAUUCCACCGGAGGACGGCGAUUUCGAGUUUCGCCUCGAGGAUCCGGUUGGGAUGCUCCCGGCGGACGAGCUUUUCUCGCAGGGAAAACUCGUGACGAAGACGAAGCAGCAGACGACGGAGAAGGUGGAGACCGGAGAGAAAUGGAGGAAGACGGAAGCUGAGAUUGAGAUCUCCGGCGGCGGCGACGGCGGUUUGUUUUCGCCCAAGGCGCCACGCUGUUCCAGUAGGUGGAGAGAGUUGUUGGGACUGAAACGAUUCUCUCAAAACAGCAAAACGGCCGCGGCGACGUCGUUUAACUCGAACCCGAGUAGAUCGUCCACGUCAUCGUUAAAACAGUUUCUACACCGAAGCUCCAAAACGACGUCGGAUGCUUCUCUCCCUCUCCUCAAGGACUGCUCAGACUCCGAAUCUCACUCCAUCUCCUCUUCCCGCAUGUCCCUCUCCUCCUCCUCCUCCUCAGGCCACGACCACGACGACGUGCCUAGACUCUCCCUCGACGCGGAGAGACCUAACCAUAACCAUAACAUAACCGGGAACCCCUUCGCUCCCUCUCGCAGCCAAAACGCAAACAAUCCCCCGAGGAUGAGGCUUGUGACGUCACGCGAGAGAGUGGGCCGAAGCCCAAUACGGCCCCAUGACUCAGCGAUGAGCAGAGGAGUCUCCGUCGACAGCCCGAGGCUAAACUCCUCGGGGAAAAUCGUGUUCCAGAGCCUCGAGCGGAGCUCGAGCUCCCCGAGCAGCUUCAACGGCGGGACGAGCGGGUACAGACACAGAGGGAUGGAGAGGUCUUACAGCGCUAACGUGAGGGUGACUCCUGUCCUAAACGUCCCCGUCUGUUCGAUCAGAGGCGGGUCUGUGAUAUUCGGACAGUUCUUCUCUCCCUCGAGUUCGUCAUCAUCGGCUUCAGCUUCUUCGUCGCAGCACAAUAGAACAGGGAGCUUCUCAAGCAACCGAGGUCAUCACGGUGGUAUCAGUAGAGGGCGUAACUCCACUGAUCGAAUCUAAAAUCGAAACAAACGAUAGCUAGUAGUAAUCCAUGUUCUUUUAGCUUGAGGCUGUGUGUACAUAGAGAAUCUUUGCAAUUUGUUAGGUUUUUUUUUGUCUAGGGUUCAUCGACGUUUAACAGUAGUUGCUUGGUUCGGUUUGAGAGAGUGAGGUUGACGCGCUAGAGGGAUGCAUGUGGGUCAAUAGGAAAACAGAUUCUUUUUUCUCUCUCUCUCUCCCAGAGUGUUUGCUCUGUGUGUAUUUGCGCUCUCCCCACGUUGGAGCUUAUCUAAGCUGUCUCUUUCAUGUGAUAUUUUUUUUUUAAUUUUUAAUAUAUUUUGUCGUUUAGUGAGUU